AUGUUGAAUGGCCGUCUUAUUUCCCCAUUCUCUGGUUUCGCGAAAGCGGACAGAUCUACUUCACAGGGUCGAAAGCAGCCGCCGACCUUGGGAGCCCACGACUUGUCAACGUCGAAUUUCACUUGGCCCUCUCCGGACGUGUCCCCAACAGAUAAACGCAAGGAUUCGGGUUUCACAGGUCACCGAAAAUCCUCAGCUGCUAUAGGACCAGAUGAACCAGGCCCUCCACCGACCUUCAGUUCGAGUCCCCGAAUAUCGUGUCCGAAUUCUGAUGAAGUGGAUUAUUUUCAGCAAGAUCCGAAUGCCUCGUAUUCUUCUUCGCCCAAGAUAGCGCCUGGAGAUGGGAAUGGGGCAUUCUUCCAGGAUCAUUCAGAACAUGAAGCGUCACCAGCGUCGACUUCGUUUCGUCCUGGAACAAGUCGCACCUACGCGAGUGAGCCUCUAGAGCUUGACUAUAAUGGGGAUCAUCGAAGGCCCUCUGUUGCUAGCGCCACUACUAUUAGCAGUCAAGGGUCUAAGUCUAGUACGGGUGGGCGAUUCCGGAAAAAACUGAAGGGUUUCUUUGGGGAAGACUACUUGCCUGGAGAUUCAAAAUUGGAGUCCGACAACGGCAGCCAGCAUCCCACAAAGAAAUCAUCACUUAGCGAGCAGCAUAUAUUUCGCGAAAGGGCCAACUCGGAUGGUGCACGAAGCCCACCACAAAGGCUCAUUGGUGAAUCUUCACCACAACGGCCUAGACCCCGAGCCCCGCUUCCUUCCAGUGAAAUUACUCCUUGGGUAUUUCAAAGCUUCAAUGACAUCCCACAGUACGGUGAAGCCCCUGUUCGUGAAGCUCCCAUAGGGGCUGAUGGUCGCCGGGCUGCUGCCCAAAUGGCAAGAGGCUCACAAAGAAACCAAACUGGACGACAAUUCAGUGGACAUCGCCAUUCUCGAAGCAAAGAAGAGAAAUCAACCACUGCCGACGAUAUAACGGUGUAUCCAAGCCGUCCCACCACAGGGCGCGAUGAUUUUGGUAUCGGUCUGCGCGCCAACAGCCUCAACAACUCAGCGAUGAACUCAACUUCUACUCUUGUGCGCUCCACCAGCCCCACACCGAGCAUGCAGAGCGCCCACUCCCGGGAACAGGGCCAAAGCUCUCCAGGGACACAACUACCUAAUAAACGAUCGAUCCUGGAUAAAAUUCGUCGACCCAAGGCCCAUGGCCCUUUGAAGCAUUUCCCUGGAGCUAAGGGAGUACAGGAGGCCAAAAGCACCUCAAAACUUGCGCGACGAGAUGUCUCUCCCGCGAGGAGGGGACGGCAAGGAAGCCUGGAAGGUACCACGACGCCCAAAACUGGAGAUGAAUCCGAUCGGAAAAAAGAUGGCAGGGGCCUGGCUAUUAGCUCCGCCAAAUUGCGAGGGCGCCGUGUGCUAGGUACCGACACACCCUCGAAAGAUACUAAACCAGCGGAAGAGCAGGAGGGCAUGUAUGAGCUUGAUACAGACCUUUCGCAUAUGGAAGGCAUUGUUCGGAAACGAUCCCCGCAGCCCUCAGCUGACAGAAAUCAGUCAGUCGACGGAGACUCGAAGCUACAUGAGGAAGGGAAGAGCCGUGAUGGCCUACCCACUGGGCACUGGGAUGCUCCGGAUAGCUGGCAUGUCAGGAGGCAUGGUGAGGACAAUGCUCCUCCGUUUCCAAGCGGAGAUAUCGAGGUUGCUCGCACUGUACCCCAACCUGACGGCGCUCCUUAUUUCAUUCGAGUCUUCCGUGUAGACUCCACUUUCGCCACUCUGUCAACAGGGCUUAAUGCCACUGUCGCCGAUAUCUUGGUCAUACUUGGCCGGAAGUCUUUCCUUACAGAUCACCUUCACAAUUAUGAAAUCGUUAUGCGAAGGAAUGAGUUAACCAGGCAGCUCGAUCCGUCGGAGAAGCCAAUUCUUAUGCAGAAAGAAAUGCUUGAACGAAUUGGCUAUACUUCAAAAGACAGGAUCGAGGAAGUUGGUCGAGAGGACCAUAGCUACGUCAUACGUUUCACCUUCCUUCCAAAUAAGCUAAACGGUUUGACUAGUCUCCAAGGCGGCGACUCAGGCUUCAACCGCAAUCAGAAGUUUAGCCAUGUGGAUCUUUCAAACAGAUGUCUUGUCACCAUCCCCAUUAGCCUCUACAGCAAAGCCGCAGAGAUUAUCUCCCUGAAUUUGUCGAAAAACUUGUCUCUCGAUGUCCCGAAAGAUUUCAUUCAAGGCUGUAUCAAUCUCCGAGAGCUCAAGUUCAUAGGCAAUGAAGCCCCCCGUUUGCCUGCCAGUUUCGGGCUCGCGAGUCGGUUGACUUACCUUGACGUCUCGAACAACUAUGUAGAGCAACUCGAUAACGCCGGGCUUGAUAAACUCCAAGGUCUUGUCAGCAUUAAAUUAUCGAACAAUAAGCUUACGAGCCUUCCAAGCUACUUCGGAAACUUUGCCUAUUUGAGGAGUUUGAAUUUAUCCUCAAACAAUUUCCGAGUCUUCCCUGAGUUUCUUGGCAAUCUCAAGAACUUAGUGGAUCUCGAUAUCAGCUUCAACAAUAUUGCCGAGGUGCCUUGCAUUGGUAGAUUGUCGACCCUUGAGCGCCUUUGGAUGACAAACAACGUGCUGAGGGGCGCCUUGGACGAAUCUUUCAAAGAUCUCGUGAAUGUUAAGGAGAUCGAUGCGAGGUUCAACGAAAUAACCAAUAUUGACAACCUAUCAUAUGUGCCACGCUUGGAGCAGUUGCACGUUGGUCACAAUGCGAUAUCGAAAUUCAAAGGCUCAUUUCCCAAGCUGCGAACAUUGCUUCUUGACCAUUGCCCGAUUACUCAGUUUGACAUUGAUGCUCCGAUGCCUACUCUCACAGUUCUCAAUAUAGCUUCCGCAAAGCUGGUCCAGCUUCGCGAUACCCUCUUUGAGAACGCACCAAAUUUGACGAAAUUAGUACUUGACAAGAAUCAUUUCGUGUCCAUGUCGUCCCACAUCGGCAAACUCCGUAAACUUGAACACUUCAGCAUCAUCAAGAACCCACUCGACGCGCUUCCUGCCACAUUUGGCUGUCUAACCGAGCUCAGAUACCUCAAUCUUAGGGAGUGUAAUCUGAGCCGAUUACCACCAGAGCUUUGGAACUGCAACAAACUAGAGACACUCAAUGUUUCAUCCAAUGUAUUAGACAGUUUUCCAAAGCAUGGUACUCCGAUGCCUCAGCUCCCUGGCGAACUGGUGCCUGGCACUCCAGGAACUUCUACACCGACAAACUACGAAGACCUAGCAGCUGACGACCAAGAAGGUCGUCGUCCAAGCCAAACCUCAGGCAGCGUUCUUAGCACUGGAGGCUCACCAAACGGCAGCGGAGGGUAUCGAAAGCCGUCGGUCGCGUCGUCCCUAAGCCAAGGCGGCAGAAAGGUUUCCACAGCGUCGAGGUCGCUGAAUGAAGGUAGUCCAGCUUCCAGGAAAGACUCAAGUUUCUCAAAUCUCUCCAAUCAAACCUUUUGCGGAUCGCUGAGGAAUUUAUACCUGGCCGAUAAUCGGCUAGAAGAUGACAUUUUCCGCGAAUUAUCGUUACUUACAGAGCUACGCGUUGUAAACCUUUCGUACAAUGAACUGACCGAGCUGCCUCAAGGGCUGCUGAAACGUUGGUCCAAUUUGACAGAGCUUUACCUUUCCGGCAAUGAGCUAACGUCACUUCCUUCGGACGACCUCGAAGAAGGUAGCCAGCUCAAGAUCCUUAAUAUCAACGCAAAUCGGUUCCAAGUUCUACCAGCAGAACUAUGCAAAGUCAGCAAGCUCUCCAUCCUGGAUGUCGGGAGCAACUCGUUAAAGUACAAUGUUUCUAAUUGGCCCUAUGACUGGAAUUGGAACUGGAACCGAAACUUGAAGUAUCUUAAUUUUUCCGGGAACAAGCGCCUUGAGAUCAAACCGCAUGUUUCUUCGUUGCUGGGGCCGCCGAACACUAAUGGAACAGACUUGACCGACUUCAAUUCCCUUACUUAUCUGCGCGUGCUGGGGCUGAUGGAUGUUACGCUUACAACCUCCACUAUCCCCGAGGAAAAUGAAGACCGUCGUGUGAGAACAUCUGCAUCACUAGCCGGCUUUCUUGCUUAUGGUAUGGCCGACUUUCUCGGGAAAAGUGAACAUCUAUCAAUUAUUGAUAUGAUUGUGCCACGAUUAAAGCCAGACAAUGUGGAAACGGUUGUGGGGAUGUUUGAUGGGACAAGUCAGUCCACUGGAGGUUCCAAAAUCGCGAAGUAUUUGCACGAAAACUUCCUUCGCACGUUUUCCACUGAGUUGCGCAAACUGCGGCGAGAUCUACAGGAGACGCCGUUGGAUGCAUUGCGACGUGCGUUCUUAGCGUUGAACAAGAAUAUGGCAGCGGCUUGUUUCAAAACUUUUGAUGACAAAACUGUCCAGCGAUAUGAAGAACCACCUGACCAAAAGAGCCGGAAGCUUACCAACGAGGACGGCGCAUCCGGCGGAGUUGCAACUGUGCUGUAUCUCCGUAACAUGGAUCUAUUCGUCGCCAAUGUUGGAGAUGCACAGGCAAUUCUUGUCAAAUCUGACGGUUCGCUCAGACACUUGACCCGAACACACGACCCCGCCGAACCUCAUGAAAGAGCAAGGAUUCGGGCUGCCGGAGGCUAUGUCUCUCGCCAGGGCAAGCUUAACGAUGUCCUUCCUGUGUCGAGAUCCUUUGGUCAUUUUCAUUUGAUGCCCGCCCUCAUCGCGGCUCCUCAUACUAUGCAUGUCAAUCUAACGGAGCAGGAUGAGAUGAUAAUCUUGGCGUCACGGGAGUUAUGGGACUACGUAACGCCAGACCUGGUUGUCGACGUGACAAGGGCUGAGAGGAGAGAUUUAAUGGUAGCAGCUCAAAAAAUAAGGGACCUGGCUAUCUCGUUCGGCGCCAACAACAAACUCAUGGUUAUGAUACUUGGCGUUGGGGAUCUAAAGAAACGAGACAGGCAGAGCAAGUUCAGAAAUGCGAGUGUUUCUACGGGUAUGCUUGAGGAACAACAAAUUCUCCCCACAUCAAAACGCACGAAGAAGCCGCGUGACAUGCCUGGAGAUUCCAGACUUGCUCGCUUUGAAUUUGUGGAUGCCCCUGUAGGGGAAUUGGCCAUCAUCUUUACAGAUAUUAAAGGGUCUACUAGUCUUUGGGAGACAUGCCCUGAUGCAAUGCGCUCUGCCAUACAAAUCCAUAAUGAUAUACUUCGUCGACAGCUUGGAAUCAUUGGGGGGUACGAAGUUAAGACCGAAGGAGAUGCUUUUAUGGUUGCCUUUUCCACAACUACGGCUGCCUUGCUAUGGUGUUUCAACUGUCAAAUGCAGCUUCUCGAAGCAGAAUGGCCGACGGAAAUUCUCGAACAAACUCAGUGUCAAGUUGAGUACGAUAUGGACAAUAAUAUUAUUUUCCGUGGACUUUCUGUCCGUAUGGGCAUACAUUGGGGCGAGCCUGUCUGUGAAAAGGAUCCCGUUACUAACCGCAUGGACUACUUUGGGCCGAUGGUGAAUCGCGCCUCUCGUAUCUCCGCUGUUGCAGAUGGGGGGCAGAUCUUCGUGUCCUCGGAUUUCAUGAGCGAUAUUCAACGCAACCUGGAGGUGUUUGCAGAUAGUGAGCGUGCCGCGUCGACUGGCUCGGAAGAGGGCUAUGCUGUGGAUAACCUUGGGUAUAACAUUCGUCGCGAGCUCCAACAACUUAACAGCCUUGGCUUCGUGAUCAAAGAUCAGGGCGAACGGAAACUGAAAGGCCUUGAGAACCCCGAGCCGCUUUACCUUAUCUACCCUCACACCCUAUCGGGACGACUAAGUAUCAUGCAGAAAGAUGCAGCAAGUGACAAGAAUGUCCCAACAACCAUUAGCAAACACUCACAGCUAGAAAUCCAAACGGAUCUUAUCUGGCGCCUCUGGGAGAUUACCCUCCGUUUAGAGAGACUCUGUGGCGCUCUGGAGUACCCGGGCGAAGCUCGACUCAAAGAACCCAAUGUGUCCCUCUUCAAUGUCGUUAAGAAUCAUGGAGGAGAGCUUGCUGACUCGACCGUGGUCAGCUUGGUUGAACAACAAGUGACUCGCAUCGAAAUGACGGUCAAUACUCUUGCAAUUCGGAACAUGUUACGGCCCUUCAGACCGCACGACCGACUCAAUGAUCAUGCCAUGCCGAUCGGAGACGUGUUACAGGAGCUGCAGACCCAACUUGCAGAAUAUAGGGCCCUCAAAGAGCAAAUUUCUGUCAGUGCUGCUGGCAUCACUGGCAGCAGUCCUAGUUACACAGCGUCUCUCGAAGACAGCAACAGUUCUGUAUCGUCUUCAUUUCUACGCAUGAGCAUCCCAUGA